GUCAUGUCUAGCAAUAUUUCUAUUUCCUUGCCAUUUAACUUGAACAUAUUUUUGUAACUGAAUGUUGUUUUUCAGAAACCAUGUCUUGGUACCGCAAAUGCGCAGUUAGAGGCUGUCAGGACAGUGUUUCAGUACGACAUAGAUUUCCAAACCCGACGAAAUUUAUGUAUGUUUUUGUGCAAUGGGUGGAUUGUAUUGGUAAUGAAGUAGUGAGAGAUAUAGACCCCAUAACUGUUUAUAAUAGAUAUAGAGUGUGUCAUGCACACUUCACAGUGGAAGACAAUUAUGGUAACAACAGACUUAGGAAGGAUGCUGUGCCAUCACUAAAUCUUCCUGAUCAACAAAUAUCCAACGCAACUGAUGAAAUUCUUGGAAAACCAUCAACUUCAGCAUCAUAUCAACACUUGGGAGAAGUUUGAUCAGUUACAACUUCACAACCAGGAAAUCUUGAUGUAACUACAGUAGAACCCAUUGAGGAGCAUUAUUCAGAAGCAAGUUCCUCAAGAACAGAAUCUGGAUUAUUGCAUAAGUUACAUGUAACCAGAGAAACCCACUUAAGUCCGAAAGCUAAGAAGCUAUAUAAGAUAGCCAGUCACCUCUCUAGAGCUAAUAGAAGACUAAGAUGUACAAGGAGGUUGAUUAGAAGUACAAGAGAAGUAUUAAAUGAGGCAUUGCAUCAUUUGGACAGCACUGUAGCUACUUUUAUCAAAAGCCAGAUCACACUGGCUGGUAGUAAAUCACAGGGACGGAGAUAUAGCCUAGAAGACAAAUUGAUGGGACUUAUACUUCAUAAACAAAGUGGUAGGGGAUAUCCAGCAUUAUCAAAAAUAUUUGCUUUGCCCUCAAAAAAAACAAUAAUGCAGCUAUUAAACCGGAUUCCCAUCAAUCCAGGUGUAAAUGAUGUGAUUUUUAAUAAUCUUGCAGAAGUUGUUUCUGGCUUAGAUGAAAGCAGCAAGUAUUGUGCUGUAAUGUUUGAUGAAAUGAGUCUGGACCCCCAUAUACAUUUAAAUGUUGCAACCAAAGAAUUUGAGGGCUUUGAAACAAAUGAUGAUGAACAAAGAAGUGCAGUUAUUGCAGAUCAUGCAUUAGUUUUUAUGGUUAGAGGGCUUGUUAAAAAUUGGAAGCAACCUCUAGCAUACACAUUUUGUAGAUCCUCUACAAAAAGUGUAAUAUUAGUAAGGUUAUUGAAGAAGAUAAUAACAAGGUGUCAGCAAGCUGGGCUAAAAGUUAUCUGCACAAUAUGUGACCAAGGAACAACUAAUCAAGCUGCAAUAAAUUACUUAAUGUACUUCAGUACCAUCAGCAUCAGAAGAUCCUACAAGAAAAUACUUGUUUCUCAAUGGAGUGAAAAUUAUCCACAUAUAUGAUCCUCCUCACUUAAUUAAGGGCAUAAGGAAUAAUUUGCUGACAGAGAAUUUAGUGUGGGAGUCAGCUGAGGACAAGUACGUGGCUAGUUGGCAGAACAUAGAAACAGCAUAUGCUAUAGACAAUGCUGCUGGAAGCUUAAGGGCGAUGCCAAAAUUGACAGAAUGCCAUGUCAAUAGAAAUUGUAUAAAGAAGAUGAAGGUUUCAUAUGCUACCCAAGUAUUCAGUCACACUGUGGCAUCUGUGAUGACUCUAAUGGCACGUGCAGGAAUAGUGGGCAUACAAGGUGAAAAAUUAUCCGAAACUGCACAAGGAACAGCAAAAGUUCUCAAGUUUUUUGAUGAUCUCAUGGAUAGUGUCAAUGGGUACAGCCUAUAUCCAUCCAAUGGGAAACCCCUGAGGUCUGCUGUAUCUCGAUGCACAGAUCACUUUGAAUUCUGGGUUGAAGCUCGUCAAACAUUAAGAAAGAUGUAUUACCAAGGUUUCUAUACUACAUUUUAUGCUUUGUAAAAUUUUAAUGAUAAGAACAACAGAUGAGCAGAAUAAUUUGUAGCAUUUGAUGUGUAAACACAUAUUCAAAGAUUCAUAUACAUUAUCUUGAUUAAUUCAAUAUUUUACUGUUGAAACCUUUCAUAGCCAGUCUAUAAUGAAUAAUUCUGGACUGUAACUUUUAGGCCUAAUUUCACGAAGAUUAUGAAAUACUAAAUGGAUUUACCAUCACAUAAGCCCAUUUUGAUAUGCUCUAUUGUAAUAGUGAUUAAAGUUCAAAAUUAUUUCUUGAAAUCCUCAUCAGAACACUGAACAAACAUCGGUUUUAUAUAAAGAUCCUACGUUGUCUAUAUGAACCUCACAAAUUUAUAAAAUUACUGAUUGGGUAUUCAAAUUAUUGAUGAAAUAUUUGUAGUAUGAUAAGCUAAUUAAAACCGUAUUGCAAAGCUUCAUUACCUAAUUAGUGGAAUUUGCACCACAGUUUGCUUUGGCGAAUUCAUUGGCUUCAAAAUUCGUUGGAUUCAAAAUUCGUUGAGUAUUUUGACAAUCUUCGUGAACUGACUCUCAGAUUUAGUAAUAAUAAUCAAACUGCAGCAGAGGGUACCGAAGAACAAUUAAGGCCACCAUCAUUGGUCAACUGGACAGUCACCAUAAAUGGCAUUAUAGACAUAUUUGAGAUGUUGGAACAAGGCAACGUGAAUCACUUGAAGUGUAGGCGACUGAACCAAGACCCAAUUGAAAAUUUCUUUGGCCAGAUCAGACAGCAGGGUUUACGAGACACGAAUCCGACUUGUAGUCAUUUUAAAAAUCAUUUCAAAACAUUACUGAUAAACAACUUUUCUAGCCGCCACUCUAUGUCAGCUAAUUGUGAAAGUGAAAAUUCCAAAAAUUACAUAGUGGCAGUGAAAAAGUUCAUCACUGUAGAUGUGGUAGUGCCUUCAAGCACAGAUUUUUGUUCAUUUCCAUCAGAAACACCAAACUUUGCACUGCAGUACAUAAAGUAAAGUUAGUUUAGGAUAUGUAAGUGGUUUCAUCACCAAAUAUGAAAAAAAGAUAUUUCUUCAUGUGAAGUUUGUAUGAGAGAUAUAUUUUCAGAAAAUCCUGUGGAUGAGUGGCAUGCUCUUAGGGCCGGUUUCAUAAUCAAAAUUAAUUCUCCAGUUAAAUUUAAUCGAGAUUUUAACGAUUGAAUGGAUUUCAUAAUCUCUAAUCAGCCAGUUAAAUUUUUCUAAUUGGCCGUUAAGUUAACUGCUCGAUUUCGGCCUGUUAAGCGGUUAAUUGGCGAAUUAAAUGUUUAACAUAACCUUUCUUUCUUUGUUGUGUCAUUUGGACGUUUGAACGCUAUUUGUUGAACUGCAGAUUGAAGCGAUAUUUUUAUACAAACCGACAUUACUUUGAACAAUAUGAUGAAUCUAUGGCAAAGUAGCAGCAGCAGCUCUUCAUCUGAUGAGGACAUACCUACUAUUCGUAAAACGAAAGUGUAUAGGAAAAGAGAAGAUUAUUUCACGAAGUUUGAUGAGGUAGAAUUUUUCCAAAGAUUUCGCUUGACAAAGAGGACUUGCUUAGUUUUGCUGGAGCAAAUAAAGUAUAGUAUAGAACCAGAGACAAACAGGGGAGGAAGCAUCAAAGCUAAAACUAAGCUACUACUGACUGAGAUUUUAUGCAACUGGCAAUAUGCCGAGAGCGGUGGCAGAUUUUGCAGGUGUAUCAAUAGCAUCUACAAGUCGGAUUGUUCGCAAGGUAUCAGAAAGCAAUCUAAUCACAUUAAAAUGCCAAAUACGAGGCAGGAGAUGGAAAGCACUGCAGCAGAAUUUUAUAGAUUAGCCAGAUUUCCAAGAGUUAUAGGGGUAAUAGACUGCACUUUAAUUAAGAUGGAUUCUCCAGGUGGAACUGAUGCUGAAAUAUAUAGAACCAGAAAACAGUUUUUUGGAAUGAAUGUGCAAACAGUUUCAGAUGCAACAUUGAAAAUAAGGGAUAUUGUAGCACGGUGGCCUGGUUCUUCACAUGAUGAAACCAUUUUCAAUAACAGUUCCCUGAAGCAACGUUUUGAGGCUGGUCUAUUUAAAGACUAUUUAUUGAUAGGAGAUUCUGGUUAUCAUUUACGUCCAUAUCUGAUGACAAAACUUCAAGAUAUUAAUGUGGAGGCAGAAAAUUUAUUUAAUGAAUCAAUAAUUAGGACACGGAAUGUGGUAGAGAGGCAAUAUGGCGUUUGGAAAAGACGAUUUCCUAUCUUAAAAUUAGGUAUGAGACUUGAUCUACAUACAAUCAUGGCAAUAAUUGUCGCCACAGCGGUCCUACAUAAUAUUGCUAUAGAAGAGAAUGAAGCAAUACCUGAAGAGUGGAUCGAUCAUUCUGAAGAUGAGGAAAUAAAUGAACAGGGUGAUGUUAGAUAUGACAAUCGCUCAGGCCAGGUUGUUAGACAGUUGUUAAUAAAUGAAUACUUUGCCAAUUUAUAACAAAUCUAUAUUCAAUACAACUAAUUGUUAAGCAUUCUUCGUUUUAUUUCUAUUGCUAAUUCUAAAAGUUCAAGUUUUUUUCUAUGUAGUUCCCCUUCCCACUCGUGUUUCUCUGCAUCCCCCUUUCUCUUGAUCAGAAUGUCUUCUUGUUCUAGUCUGCUUUUUUUAAUUUCUUCUUCUGCGAAUAUAAUUUCUUUUUCAUAAAAUAUGUUUUUGUUAGUAGAAUUCGUCUGUCUAAGUCUUUUUGACAUGGGCGUCUUCAACUUCCUUGGUGUGUAAUUUCCCCAGCUCUAAAAAAGUAUGAAAUAAGACUAUGUAAAAAGCAGGGCUUGAUCAUAAGCAAAAUAUACAAUAUACAAGUGGUCUGUGUUAUUCUAAGAUUUAAUUUAAUUCUAGUCUUACAAUGCAUGAAAUAAUUUGAAAAACUAAAAACUCUCACAAGUGAUAUUUACUUAUAAUACAACUACUGCAGUGCACAAUAAUUAAGAGCAAAAUAAUGUUUAGGUAAUUAGAGGCUGACUUUACACUCUUACCAAUCAAAGAUGGUAUUUCUUUAUCAAAAAGCAAUAGUUGGCUACCUUCUCCUUGGAAAGUUAAGUCUUGCUGAAAUUAGAAAUCAAAUAUUAGAUGGAUGCAUUCUCAUAUAUUGUAGUAAAAUAUUUUUGAAAUGUUUCAAAUCUUAUUAAUGCAAAUAUUACAUAAUGAAAUAUAACUACAGUAAAAUUGUACAAGAAUGAAUUCUAAUACCAAUUAUUAGAUUCAACCAAUACAAUAAUUAAUUGCUGUAUGUAUGGAUGUGAAAAGUGGAUAAUGCGAGCAUCAGAAAUAAAAUAUUUAAGAGUGAAAGGAAUCACAACACAGAAUUAUAUCGGAAAACAAUUAAAAAUAAUGGAUGUGGUUGAUAUGUUGAGCAAUGAGCCAGAAAUGUACAAUAUCAUACAGGUAUGCUGUCGCAAUAUGUACUGACAUAGUACAGAUAUUAUUCAUUGCUGGAUUAGGAGAUCUAGAAAGCCUAUCAUAAAUAUUGAUAUCAACUAAUAUGCUAGUCUUAACAUCCAAUGAAUAUCAAGUUAUAUGAUAAAUAUCUGUGAAUCACGGUAAUUAAUCAAGCAUCUAGCAUUCACCUUAUAAACCAUAAUGCUAUAAAUACUUACAGUUAUUUGACUAUCACUGUCCCAUGGAGAAUGCAGCCCAACAACAGUCUUUUUAUUAAUUAUCUCUAGAAUUGCCUCUAGGACUGGGUCUAGAGGUUCUACCUUCCCUGGUCCACCACCUGUGCCAGUAAUGAAACUCCUUUGUUGCGCUACCACUUUCCUCGCUUUCGCUUUGAGGUUCUCAUAUUUUGUUUUUAGUUGCUCAACAGAUCGGAGUGUAUUGUUACUGGCACAAAAAUACUCUCUAACCUUUUGCCAAGCCUCAUUCUAAAACAAUACAAUUAAAUGAGAUAAAUAUACCAAUGAUCAUGUGAAUAUUAUUUACCUUCUCUUGAUUAUUUACUUUAUCCGUAACUUUUGAUUCUAUAAUGUCUUGAAGUUUCGAGACACUACGAACCAGCAGCAGUUCCUCCUCCUUGGUGAAAUUGCUUCCGCGUGCUCGUUUGCCUUUGUUUAAAUCCAUGUUGGUAGAUAUAUUCGUAAAACAAUAAAUAACGCUAGUAAACCGCAAAUACACAAUCGGUGAAAAUAUCUGACAAUAUUGCAGGUUAGGUUAGGUGGCAGCACCCUGAGGUCAGGCAUAAAGCGAAAAGUUUUUCUGUGUUUCAUGAUUGACAAGCCCGAUUUGUCCAGGUAAAAUUUAUUUCAGGGGUACCAACCACAGUUAAUCCUUUGUUACUUAAUUGACGUUUUGUAAGACAUUAUGAAAUGCCCCAGAAUUAAGGAGGCGUUAAUUGGAGAAUUAACUUAACAGCCCAAUUAUCUAACAGACCAUUUAGUGAGCGAUUAUGAAACCGGCCCUUAUAGCUGAAAAAGAAUACCAUGCCUGCAAAAUUAAAAUAUUGUCAUUUGAGAAUAAUACAAAAAUUUGCUGAAUUAUACAAUAUUACUAUGCAUAUGGUGCCACAGUUAGCAUAUAAGGCAAAUUCAGUUGAACUGUUGGUAAAUUUCAUAAAAUCAAAGAUCAGUUUACCACUCAGCUGCCCUAACCAUAAAGAGUCAUUAAAUUCCAAAUUGAUAGAAAAGUUCACAUGUUUUCUGGGCCAUAACUGGACAGUAGGCAUAAAUAGAGCGCUGAGUGGUAGAGAUCUAUGGCCACUGAAUAAUGAUCCGGUCAUUAAACAGGCCAAAGAAAUCUACCUUAAGAAUAGGAGGUACAGAAAGUAGAUUAUAAUGGACAACCAGUAUAUUUAAGUGCAAUAUAAUUUUUAUAUUGUCACAUUUAGAUGUAGGAUAUAGAUAUUUGAUGGGAGGUUCGAUACGUAGUAACAUCGCUCCUUAAAUCGUAGGUUUUCCUGCAGUUUAUAGUGAAAAGAAAAUUGUGAAAUCUGUCAGGAGUCGAGUGUUUAGUGCACUCUUCAUCUCGAAUGUAAGAUCUCCACUAUUGCAUGUCAAAUAUUUGAGUAAUUGCACAUAUCCUUAUACUCCUCAGCAUCAUAUAAAUUGAACUUAGAUCUAGUUAACAUUGAAGAGUACUGCAAAAGACAUUGUUUGAAGAUCAAUGCUUCAAAAUGUUUUACCAUGCUAUUUGGCCCAAAACUGUUACUACAACGGUUAGAUGGCCGAAUUGUUCCUAGUCUUAACGACACCCAUACUCCUAUAGUAGACCAUGCGAAGAAUUUAGGGAUCAUCAUGGAUUCAGAUUUGAGGUUUAAGCAGCAUGUUACGCAUUUAUCUCGCUUAACAUACAUGCGUUUGAAGAUAUACAACAAUCGUCAUAUUCUGAAUUUCAAGACUCGCAAAAAACUGGCUGAGACUCUGGUACUAUCGUUAAUAAAUUAUUCAUUGCUGUUUACUUUCCUUGUCUUGAUUACGUAACUAGAUAUCGAGUACAAAAACUUCAAAAUCGCUGAUGUAGGUUCGUUUGUGGUCUGCGAAAGUUUAGCCAUGUGUCUAAGAAGAUCAAUGAGCUUAGAUGGUUGAGGGUUGACCAGCUUUUCACAUAUAAUUUACUAAUUUUAGUACAACGAAUCAAAAUCAAUAGGCUACCUGCUUAUCUACUAAAAAGGCUACUACCACCUGGGGAUCUCAAUUACAGGAAUCUCAGACAUAACUCUGACUUCAAUAUACCUAGCUAUAGGAGCAACAUUUUCUAUCGUAGCUUCCCCUACAACGCUGUCAAGGUGUAUAAUAGUCUUAAUAACAAUUGCAAAAAGAAGGGAAUACUUGCAUUCAAGAGAGCCAUUAAGAACCAUCUUCUGGGGUCUACUAGCCAAGCUAGCUGAUAUAUUUCUUUUUUUUUUGUUAGAGCGGGCCAUGUAGUAUUGAUGUAUAACAUCUUAAGAUUACUCUAUUUAAGCCUUAAUUAUUGUAUAUAUUAGUUAGUCGAUUGCUAUUCAUUGUUAUAUCUUUUUUUUGUAUGUGUUUCUGCGCUGUGAGGUUAAGUGGUAGAGUAGCCAGCUGGAUAAACUUCGCCUCGCAGUGUGGAUGGAUUUCUAAAGACAUUAUUAUUAUUAUAUUUAGCUUUGUGAGAAAAGGUGAUAUAAUUUUUAUAUGAAUGAUUGACCAUAAAAUGAAUAUAAUUAU